UAAUAAUAGUUUUUUGAGUUAUUCGCGCUUGGGACACCGUGCAUAUGAGAAGCAGUGCUACCAACAAAAUUCUAAUUUUCCUAGUUUGCUAGUUUGAAAUUUAGAAACGUACCGGUUUUUGCCAGUUGCUGUUCUCGAAAAGCAACAAACAUGUGCUCUUCUCGUUCUAUUCCACUUGUUUAAUAUUUACAAAUACCUAAUAAGAAUGGAAAUAAUUAAGUAGAACAACUACGACUUAUUUUAACACCUUCACAAUGGGCGAAAAUAAAGAAAACGAAAGCGUGCGGAUUUCAAAAGUGCCAGACAUCAAUGACUUCUGCAUCAUCAAGCCAAUCAGCCGUGGCGCGUUCGGCAAGGUUUUCCUCGGUUGCAAGAAAACCAACAACGAGGUGAUGUAUGCUAUCAAAGUGAUGAAGAAAACCGAGAUGGUUAAUAAGAAUAUGGUUUCACAAGUCGUCAAUGAACGCAACGCUUUAGCGCUAACAAAAAGUCCAUUCUGCGUCCAGCUUUAUUACUCGCUCCAAACAGCAUCAUCAGUCUACUUAGUAAUGGAGUUCAUGGUUGGAGGUGAUCUCAAGUCUCUUCUGAGUGUGUAUGGCUUCUUCGACGAAGUUAUGGCCGCAUUUUACGUGGCGGAAGUUUGUCUUGCCCUACAAUAUUUACACAAUCACAACAUAAUUCACAGAGACAUCAAACCAGAUAAUAUGCUACUCUCCCGAGAUGGACAUGUGAAACUCACGGAUUUCGGCCUUUCUCGCGUCCACAUUCAUCGAGAUCUUGAAAAGAGUGACUUUGAGAAUGGCACACCCAACUUGUGUGCAAGAACACCUGGCCAACUGCUGAGUUUAACUUCGCAUCUGAGUUUUGGUUCUGGUAAUUCUAAAAAUUACAUACAUGUACAAUCAGCUUCUGAAUUAGCUUCUGACACUGACAGUACAAAUAAAUUUGAAAUGUCAUCAGUGCUAAUGGAACAUUCAAAGAAUUUGAAUGAAAGUGGUGUGAUACCAUUCCAGACUGUCAAUGGCAUCACACCAACUUUACCUUUGGAGAGCACACAGUAUCAUUCCUGCCUGCAUUGCAGCAAUCAAAGUACUGGUUCAGGAGUAUCAGCUUCAUCUUGUACAUCGCCUGUAAGUCAUCGGGUACCAUCAAGGUGUUGUCAUUAUCAAUUGCGGGGUGAGCGAAAGAGAAAGUUUCGAUCACCGUCACCAGCCAAACGGAAAGCAUACGUGCGGACAGGUUUAACAGGCGAGAUGGAGAUUUUAAGGGUGGAUUCAACGAGUCCACCGAAAGGAAUCACAUUCAGUACGCCUGUUUCAACGCAAAAACCACAGAAUCCUAAACAUAUAUUGAGAUUUGACUUGCCACAAGGUAAAGAUUCAGAUAUUAUACCCACAAAACCGUUGCCUACCUUAGAAAAAUCCGAAAAUGAAAGCAAAGAAUUGGUCUCACCAUUGAACACAACCCCUAUUACAUUCCGAACGCCGUAUAGGACGCCUAAAUCUGUUCGACGUGGUGAUUGGUCAUCCGAUAGUCGUAUUUUAGGCACUCCGGAUUAUUUAGCACCGGAAUUACUCCUGCAAAAGGGGCAUAAUUGCGCUGUGGAUUGGUGGGCGCUUGGUGUCUGUUACUAUGAAUUUGUAACUGGUAUUCCUCCGUUUAACGAUGACAGCGCCCAGAAAGUGUUUAAGAAUAUUUUGGAGCGUAAUAUCGACUGGCCUACCGAUGAUGAAGCGCUGAGCGAGCAAACUGUUGGUGCCAUUGAAAGUUUGUUGACUUCGAAUGCUGAAGAUAGGCCACAGGCGAAGGAAGUGAUGGAAAUGGCGAUUUUUGCGAACACUGAUUGGGAUAAUCUACUGCAGACUACCCCGCCGUUUGUUCCGGAUCCGUACGACCCACAGGAUACUGGAUAUUUUCAGGCUCGCAACGAAUUGCUUAAUUUUAACGUGUCUACUUUUGAUUUGUAAAAUUGUAAAUUUUUAAGCGUGUAUUUAUUUAUUUUUAGAUCGAUUUUACGGUGUGUUGAACAUAUACAUGUAAAAUAUUAAUAAAUUCUCAUGGACUAAUCGUA